AUGGCAGCUCCUGCUCACUCGCAAGGUGACAACAAUCCGGACGCCAUAUCCACACCCUCCGCCGUACUGACGCAUGAAUCAGAGCUGCAAAUCCCACUCGCUACCGAGCCCAAGGAAUCUGAGGGUAAAUCUAGGAAGGCGGACAUAAGGAACUUCUCAAGUCGACGAAGACAUUCAGAGAGUACAGUGAGUUUUCCAGGCUCCGUCCAACCCACGCUCAACCCACGUGGCAACUUCACUCCAUCUACCAAUGAUGCGAAUCCAAACACGAACCCUUGGGCCAACUUCGACGGACAUCACGCUCAUCCAGCUCAACGCUCAUCGCCUACAAUUGCGGGUCGAGAUGCGAGUUCGUGGUGGAAGAUUGGGGGAACUCCAUCCUAUGGCAGUAUAACAUCCGACACUCGUGUGGCUAGUUCCAGAUCUGUGGACGGCAAUGCUUCCAGCCAAAAAUCUGCAGUACCCACUGCAUCACCAACGGUCGGUCUCGCGCUACCAGCAGCUGUAUCUAGCAAUCCGUACGAAUGCCACGACAACGUGUCGUCUGGCCGCUCGAUUCGCAUAGAGCGGAGAGCGAUGUCAGAGAACGAUCUCACCGUGAACGAAGAAUGGAGACUUCCUAUACGGGAUAGAUACUGGCAUUCCAGUGCGGUCACUUUGCGAACACCCAUAUCUUUCUGGAUAUCGGCGAAGUGGUGGACAUCUACUAUCAAAGCGCAAGUCAAAGUCAAUGCGACAAACAGACUUGCAACCGAAGCACCCGCCAACGCCGCAGCCAGAGCCAGAGCCACAACGGCCUAUGGUGCUGGUGGCCCUCCUACCCUAUUGAAGUGGCCGCCACCAGAGAAGGCAUGCACAGAAAGGUUCAAGCGCGGAUUUUCAAAGUAUCGCAUUCGAAAGAACCAUAUCGAUGCACCACCGGGACAAGACUCAAAGUGCCUGGGCGCCGCUUUUGAAACUUGGAUUUCUUCCUCGAGCAAUGAUGAUAUUUGGGUUCAGGCAUACAGUGCUUGGGACGCUUUGCAGGGAGAUAUUCAGCAACCUAUACUGCCACCGUCAGCACCGAAUAAUGGCAACCGACAGCCCUUAGGUUCAGGGAAAGGAGCUGAGCAACCUGUACCGCUAUGGCGACAGCUACUUUGUCUUCGAGGUGGUGCUGGGACACCUGAACCACUGGACGAUGAACCUCUCGAAGAGGACGAACCAGCAAACGGGCCUGGAGGCAGCCAUAUUCGCGGCCAUGAAGACGACCAUCUAGCGGAAGAUAUACUCAACGAGCCCGACAAUGGCUCCAGGAUCGAUGACCAAGGCGAACGUAUACCCAACGAAUCUGGAAACAGCUCUAAGAACGGCUUCAUACUUCCCGACAUAAACGAUCCUUCCUGGAUCCCCGCAAAUGAUUAUGGAACCUACGUGUACGUACCGGGCUCCCCUAAGUCGCACUACUCAGCAUUAUCCGGGGAUUCGAGCGACCUGUCAGAUGCUGCCUCUUUGCAUUUCCAUGAACAAAAUGCAAAGGCAGAAGAAGAAAGAGGCACGGCUACAAGACUAGAUGGAGUGUCAGCAGCAUUAGGGCGGUUACCCACUGAGAGCAGAAUCUUCACGCCAGGCGACGGCAGAGACGGCGGCAGUGAUUACUCCUCUACCAGGGCUACCAGGAGGAGAUUUUCGUUCGAGAGUCGACCGUCGUCUGGAUCACGCAGUAAAUGUACGAGCUCAAACCUGGAUGGUUCCAUAGACUGGCUACCACAGUCUUCUGCACCACGCGACAGGCGCACAGACUCAGACGUAGAUGAGGCCGUAGAUGCCAUGGGUGAAGACGAACCCCUCAUUAAUCCACAUCCAGCCCCUGAACCUGCCACAAACGACAUUUCAGCCAGAGUUCCAUCCCUUGAACACGCCCACAAUCAUAAUGCGAAUGUUCACCCCACCGUGCCUUUUGCAGGAGUGCGCAGACGCGAUCUGCUUCGUCACGCUCUCAGACAGGAUCAGUUGUGGGAACAUGUUCUCCGGGCUUUGAGGAAUAUGCUUGUGAUGGGUUCAGAAGAGAAGAAACGCUUACGCAAGAAGAAGUGA